AGUCAACCCCCUUCACUCCAACCACUAUCCUAUCCCAUCCCCCCUAAACAAAGGAGAGGUCAGAUACCGUUCGUCGUCGAGGUUCCUGCCUGUGUCGACUCUCCCCGCCCGCUCCGUCGGACCGAAUUGUUGCGAUAAGAGAGAAGCCUUCCCCGGAAGGCCCCGCAUAAAACCAGGCGUCAUGGCGGAGAUCCGGUCCAAGAACCUCUACGAGCUUCUUGGCAAUGACCCUGAACUCGACCCCAACAGAGCUCCCGAGCCCCCUACGAAAGCCGUAGACAGGCCCGCUCCCCGUGUUGGCAAGCGGGACGCUCCCAAGGAGGCCCCUGCCCAGCCCCGUGAGAACAACAACUCUCGCCGUGGUGGCCGUGCCACUGGCAACGAGGCCGCUUUCCGUGACCGCAACGCCGGCAGAAACAACAACCGCGAGAAGCCCACCGAUGAGAAGGACGCCCAACGGCGCGGAUUCCGCGCCCGUGAGGACCGUGGUGAGCGUGUCCGCCACGACCGCCAGUCCCGCACCGGCCAGACCGACACCCGCAAGCAGGUGAACCAGGGCUGGGGUAACCAGAGCGGCGAGAAGACCUGGGACGACGAGAAGGCCGGCGAGAACAUUGCUCAGACCGAUGAGACCGAGCCCCAGACCCCCGGCGAGGAGAAGCCCGAGGAGGCUGCCGACAAGUCCAAGUCCUACGCCGAGUACCUUGCCGAGAAGGCCGCCCAGGGUGACCUGAGCGCUAAGCCCGUCCGUGCUCCCAACGAGGGCACCAAGCUCGACAAGAAGUGGGCCGCCGCCAAGGAGCUCAAGCGUUCCGAGGAGGAGGAUGCCUACAUCAAGGGCAAGGAGGACAAGGCCAAGCGCGAGAAGCAGCGCAAGGAGAAGAACAUCCUCGAGGUCGACAUGCGCUUCGUUGAGGCUCCCCGCACUGGUGGCCCUGGUCCCCGUGGCCGUGGUGGCCGUGGUGGUCCCCGUGGUGGCCGUGGCGGCCGUGGCAACGGUCCCCGCUCCGAGCGCCCCGCUGCCGCUGCUGCUGCUGCUCCCACUGUCGCCGUCGACGAGAAGAACUUCCCCAGCCUUGGCGGCAAAUAAAUGCAGUUUUUUCCCUCGUAAACUUGCAUUUAUAGGCUAGCAUCCAUGCAUGCAUGCCCAUGCUCCCCCCACACCUUUUUUCUUUUCUUUCUACGCAUGAUCCUCACUACCAUAAACCCUCCCUCCCCAACACCCCUUUUUUUCUCGCUAGCAACUUAGGUAGUCGAAAUCCAGGGAUCCAAAUGAGAUGAGAACGAAAAUGAAAGUUUUGUGUGUGUGCAUGAGAGAAGUGAGAGAAAAGAGUGCGUCUUGUGUGUGCUUGCAUGUGUGUAUGAACUUGAAUCUCAAAUGUGAAAACAAAAAA